AUGUUAGUACUUGAUCUUCAAUCAAAUUCACUCAGAGGACCUUUGCCAUCUCCCUUUUGCACAUCAACUUCACUUUAUAUCAUAAAUUUGUCUUACAAUAAUUUGAGUGCUGAAAUUCCCAAUUGCUUGUUUACUGCUGCCAAGGUCUUAGACUUACGAGCUAGUAACUUCCAUGGACCCAUCCCAAACAAAAUCCCAAAGAAUGUUACACUAGUUCAUAUUAAUUUGAGCAAAAAUCAAUUGGAAGGUCCCAUCCCAACAUCACUACUCAAUUGUACAUCCUUACAAGUCCUUGAUUUGGGAAACAACAAAAUCUAUUCCACAUUUCCCACCUGGCUGGAAACAUUGCAAGACUUGGAGCUUCUCAUACUGAAAUCUAAUAGAUUUUAUGGACCCAUCGUUGCUCUUAAAACAGAAUCGCCAUUUCCAAAUAUGAGAAUCUUUGACCUCUCCAACAAUUCAUUUACCGGCUUUUUACCUAUGGAGGUUGUACAAGGUUUCAAAGCUAUGAUGAACAUAGAUGCACACAAAUCAGGAUUGGAGUAUCUUGAGGAAACUUUUGAUUUCCAAAGUCCUACACAUGGUAUUCUUUAUAGAGAUGAUUAUGCAGAAUCGAUGAUAUUAGUGAUGAAAAAUCAAGACACUAAAUUCAACAAGAUCUUCACAACAAUUGAUUUGUCAAGGAACAAGUUUGAAGGAGAAAUCCCUAUAUUCAUAGGGAACUUGAAUUCACUUCUGCUGCUGAAUUUAUCUCAUAACAACGUCACAGGACACAUUCCUGUUGAAAUGAGGAACAUGAGCACUCUUGAAGCUUGGACCUUUCAUUUAACCAUCUUACCGGCAAAAUUCCAGAGGAAUUGGCAAGUCUCACAUUUCUUGCAGUCCUAA